GCAGUAGUGAGAUAGUGAAAUUCAGUGGUAGGAGGUUGUGAAUGUGAGAGAGAGAGGCCAUUACAUUACAUGUGCUAAGGAGUAAGGACUUGUGUACUUAGAUCCAGUGCUACUGCUAGUAGAGCCUCUCUCUCUCUCUUUUCAAUAGAUAGUACUUUAGAUUCGCAUGGUUUGUCUUGAAGUGAUUUUGGUGAUGGCCCGCGUUGAUGCAGUAGUAUAGAUAACUGAACAGCACGUUAACGCAAGAGUACGCUACGUCCCUAAUGCAGAGUACAAACCCUAACAACUGGAGCAUGAAGACAGUACUAAAACAGAAGAAGAUACUAUCAUGAUGUUAUCUCCCUCUUCUGCAAUGAGCCCAUUGCUCUACUCUCCAAGUAGUGAGGGUGUCCCCCUCAGUGUUCAGUCACAUUCUAAAGUUAUUGACCCAACUGAUAUUAUCAGCAAUACUUGUUGUGAUAGUCUCUUGAGGGAUGAUAAUCUCUUGAAGGAUGAUAAUCUCCUGAAAAGUGAUUCUGAAAUACCGUCGACGAGUCCUCAAGUUGGUUCCAGAAAACAUACUGAAAGUUGUGAGAGUUACUAUAUAGACGUUGAAAACGUAGACGAUGUUGAUGGUAUGGUGGCUGAAGUGGUGAUGGACGAGGGUAAAGUUUCGCGUCCGUUCAAGGAUGUUUCAAAUCACACUUGUUCUUUUUGUGGACAAAGCUUCAUGAACUUGGACCCUUUUAACGAGCACAUGAUGUCUCACUUCCUGCCGACUACUCCAGCCACAGUUUCAUCCAGUAAGGACCAGGAACGGCCUUUAAGGAUGGUUAACAAAAACUUUUUCAAAGAGAAAACUCACAGUCAAAAAAACAUAAAAAGAUUCGUAUUCGGCAAGGACACUUUCAACAGAAAAGCCUUAAUGGUCGGAAAGAUACCAGUCGAAUUAACCACUAAAAAACGGAGGCUGCACAGAUCACGUGGCGUCCACGUGUACCCAUCCAGCAGUCACGCACUGGACAGUAUAAAAGCGGAACUGUCACUUAAAACAUUUCAAUGUUUGGAGUGUGAGGAGGAGUUUGUCACGUACAGGUCCCUGAAGAACCACAUGGAGAGAAACAACCACCUGGCUUCUGUUAUGAGCCCCACUGCUGCUAAUAGGGAUGUGGAAAUGUUUAGGUGUGAUAGCUGUGAGACGGAGUUUGUUACUGCCUCCGCGCGGCUUCAUCAUAGUAGGGAGGUGCAUGGUAUGGACGUUUAACCUUUUAAAGAAGUUGUACAGGAUAGUAUGAUAUUGCAUUUAAUUUAUGGUGUUGGAAUUUUGAAAAUGUUAAUUUAAUAAAAUUAGUUUGCGAGAAGGCAGAUUCGAUAUUGAAUCGUAAAAUAAUGAUUAUACUUAAAGUGCCCACGUAUUUAGUUAUUAUUAUUAAUUAAGGCUUUUGUUUAGAUUAUUAUUUGGUAAUCGGUGGACAUUGCUUUUUUGGCUCAAUAGUUUUCUGAUGUCACAAUUAUUAUAAAGAUUGAAGAGUGUUGGUUUUUGCUGUAUUUUUAGCUUUAUUUACCUUUGCGAUUUUAUCUUUAUUAUAUUACCGUUUUAUCGAUUAGAAGUAGUUUUCAAGAAGAAAUAUAUAUAUUUCUAUGUUUAAGCUUGUUUGUGGCUGCACAUUUUAUGAUGUGCAUUUAUUUUUAUUUGAGGGAAUUUUAGUCGUUUUAAUUUAUUCAUGCUUGUUGUUAUUAUCAAAAUUAAUUUCAGUCAUUUUUUCAGCUUUUAUGGUUUAUUGUUAUUUAUUGUAUUAUAU